AUGGCCACAGAGGCAGGGAAGAAGAAGAAGAAGAAGAAGAAGAAGAAGAAGAAGAAGAAGAAGAAGAAGAAGAAGAAGAAGAAGAAGAAGAAGAAGAAGAAGAAGAAGAAGAAGAAGAAGAAGAAGAAGAAGAAGAAGAAGAAGAAGAAGAAGAAGAAGAAGAGAGAAGAAGAAGAAGAAGAAGAAGAAGAAGAAGAAGAAGAAGAAGAAGAAGAAGAAGAAGAAGAAGAAGAAGAAGAAGAAGAAGAAGAAGAAGAAGAAGAAGAAGAAGAAGAAGAAGAAGAAGAAGAAGAAGAAGCAGCUGUCAAAACAAGGAGGCAGAGAAGAGCGGAGCCCUGGGGUGAGGUGGUGUCUGAAAGAGCAGCGAUGCAGAAACGGCUCCAGUGA